GAGGUGGGUUUGGUGGUGAUGGUGUUGGUAGACAUGGUAGCAGUAGAGGCAGUAUUGGCGGCAACAACAACAAGGUGGUGGAGUCUGGUCAUUACUACUGUUAUUAACAAGAUAAAACACUAUGUCCAAACAACCUUCUAUAUUUAAAUUCUUCUCCAAAUCGCCCUCGCAGAACAAGAGCCAAAAUAAGAAGACGACCAAGGAGAAUGUCAAGCUCAGUGGAAAUGAUAUUACCCCACUGGACAUGGUUUGGGCCAAGAUGGAUGGAUACCCUUGGUGGCCUGCACUUGUGUGUGAAAAUCCACAAGAAAAGUCUUUCCUUCGUAAUGGUCUAAUACACGUGCAAUUUUUUGACAACCCACCAACUAGAGGAUGGGUGAAGGAGGCGUUUGUGAAGCCCUACUGUGUACCAGGACAAAAUGGCAUGCCAACAUAUAAAGAUCCAGCUUGGCUUAAUGCUGUAGAGGAAGCUAAGGGAGCAGAACAGCUUUCCAGAGAAGACAGAAGUAUGUUGAUUGUGAAGAUGAUGCCCUCAGAUGAUGAAGCAAUGGAAGAUGAUGAUGAUGAUACGGACAAAAGUAAAGAAAAUAUCGACCUGAAUAUAAGCAAAAUUAAAAAUAAAAAAGCAGGGAAUGGAGAGCCAGAACCAAAGCGGCGAAGGAUAAUUCUCCAUUCAGACACAGAGUCUGAGGAUGAAUAUAAGCCAGGUGAGUACAGUAUGUGUAAUAAGGUUGUGGAAGACAUAUACGUAGGGCGAUGGAAAGGAGUGGGAUUAAAAGAUAAAGAAUCUAAUACCAAGUGGGAGUUGUUACAGUUACUUUUUGCUGAUAUGGUGCUUCUGGAAGGUUCUGAAGAGAAGUUGCAAAGAUUGGUUGACAAAUUUGGGAGGUCAUGUAAAGGCAGGAAACUGAGAGCACCUGCAAAUAAGCGCAAAAAACCAGCAUUACCAAAGGGACGUAAUUUGAAUUCUUCUCUCUUAUCCUCUCCAUUGGCAUCUAAAUCUCCUGCGCCUACACCUUCCAGAGGUACUUCCAAACUUUUGGAAGGUACCAAAUCCAAGCUUUCCAUGUUUGCUGCAAAAGAGACACCUUCACAGGUCCAAGAAAGCUCUGAAGACUGGCCUUUUCUUAAGUAUCCUUGGCUACAGCCUGAGAAUAUACGUGAUCGUGAGAAGCGUUCACCUGACCACCCUGAGUACAAUCCAAGAACUCUAUAUGUACCCGAGAGCUUUCUGAAUCAACAGACUCCAGCAUUAAGACAGUGGUGGGACAUCAAAUCUCAGCAUUAUGAUACUGUUUUGUUCUUCAAAAUGGGCAAAUUUUAUGAACUGUUUAACAUGGAUGCCACACUGGGAGUACAGGAAUUAGGCCUCAUUAUGAUGAAGGGAGAAAAGGCUCAUGUAGGAUUUCCAGAAAUUGCUUAUGGACGCUAUUCCUCAACUUUGAUAGAAAAGGGUUAUAAAGUUGCACGUAUUGAGCAGACUGAAACUCCAGACAUGAUGGAGAAGCGUUGUAAAAAUUUGAGUCGUCCAACAAAGUUUGAUCGUGUUGUGCGACGUGAAGUGUGCCAAGUGAGCAGCAGAGGAACUAGAGUCUACAGCUUUUUGGAUGGAGAAGCCGCAGAAACUUCAACAUCUUACCUUUUAGCUCUUACUGAAAGGCCUGUGCGAGGAUCUGGAGAAGGCUGUGAGUUUGGUGUUGCAUUUGUUGAUACCAGCAUAGGAGUAUUUCAUGUGGGCCAGUUUACUGAUGACCGCCAUGUAUCCAGGCUGUGUACCUUAAUGGCUCAUUAUCCACCAGCUCAGAUUCUCUUUGAGCGAGGGAGACUUUCUCAGAAAACACAAAAAUUAGUAAAUUCAGCUGUGCCUCCAAACCUGCGAGAGAAUCUAGCUCCAGAGAAAGAGUUUUGGACAUCCAGCAAGACUCUUGGCUUCUUGGCUGAAGGCAGUUACUUUAAAGAUGAAGGAGGUGAUUCCACUGUACAGUGGCCAAAACAACUAAGAAAAAUGAUAGAUGAUGGUAACUCGUUAGGCACCACAGUUACUUCGCAAAUGGAUUUGUGCUCCACUAUGCAGUCCGUCAAGCAUCAAUAGUCGUUUGGAUGGUAUAGAAGAUCUGCAAAACAACCCUGAUAUAAUGGAGGAGGUGACAACUCUUCUCAAGAGUCUUCCUGAUUUGGAGAGGGUCCUUGCCAGAAUCCACACUCAGGGCUUGAAUCGCAACAACUCCAGCCAUCCAGACAGUAGAGCCAUAUUCUUUGAAGAUGUUAAAUACAAUAAAAAGAAAGUUACUGAUUUCCUUGCUGGACUAAAUGGAUUCAAAACUACUCUUCAAAUAAUAAAAGCUUUUAAAGGCAUCAAGACAUCACUAAAAUCAAAGUUGCUGCACAAAUGCAUAACAAAUACAAAAGAGGGUGGCAAUUUUCCUCAUUUAAGUGAUGCUUUAAAGUUCUUUGAUAAUGCCUUUGAUCAUGAAGAGGCACAGAAGGAGGGCAAAAUAAUUCCCAGCCCAGGUGUUGACACUGAAUAUGAUGAAGCAGUUGAGCAUAUCAAGAAAACUAAAGAUGAACUAUCAGAUUACCUCGAAGAACAAUGCAGACACUUUGGUGCAAAGGUGGUGUACUGGGGUAGUGAUAAGAAAAGAUAUCAGCUGGAAGUGCCAGAGCAUGUCAGUAAGAAAGCUGGUGACAGUUACGAGCUGCAGGGUCAAAAGAAAGGUUACAAGCGAUUCUGGACACCAACCACUAAAAAAUUAUUAGCAGACAUGAUUAGCGGAGAAGAACAUCGGGAUGCAGCUCUUAAUGAUAUAUCACGCAGAAUAUUCCAUCAGUUUGACGAACACCAUAAAAAAUGGGAAGCAGUUGUGCAGUGUUUGUCAGUGCUUGAUGUUCUGAUAUCUCUUACAUGUUACGCAAAGGAAGUCAGUACUGUUAGACCAAACGUAGUUAUGCCUGAAGAAAAAGUUCAGCCAUUCCUAGAAAUCAGAGAUGGUCUUCAUCCAUGUGUGACAGCAACGUUUAGUGGUGAUGAAUUCAUUCCUAAUGAUGUGGUUAUGGGUGGCACUAGUGAAGAUGCUCAUUCGAACCUGGUGCUGGUCACAGGACCAAAUAUGGGUGGCAAAUCAACACUUAUGAGACAGACUGCUCUUAUAUGUAUUCUAGCACAGUUGGGAUCAUUUGUUCCUGCAAGGUCAUGCCAGUUGACUCCAAUAGAUCGGGUUUUUACCAGACUUGGAGCAUCUGAUCGGAUCAUGAUGGGAGAAUCCACAUUCUUCGUAGAGUUGGCAGAAACAUCUUCCAUUAUCCAGCAUUCUACCCAACAUUCACUUGUUUUGGUUGAUGAACUGGGCCGUGGUACAGCAACUUAUGAUGGCACAGCAAUUGCAUCUGCAGUGGUGAAAGCAAUAGUUCAGCUAAAGUGUCGAACACUCUUCUCCACUCAUUAUCACUCUUUAGUUGAUGAUUUCGCUAAUGUGAAAUAUGUUUCUCUUGGUCAUAUGGCUUGUAUGGUAGAAGGAGAAAAUGAAGAUGACCCAUCACAAGAAACUAUCACUUUCCUUUACAAAUUUACCAAAGGUGCCUGCCCAAAAUCCUACGGUUUUAAUGCUGCACGUUUGGCUGAACUACCUGAUGAAGUUAUUCGUAGGGGUAGUCAAAAAGCACAAGACUUUGAGAAAUCUAACAUUAAAAAGCAAGCAUUUUCAAAGAUAUUCAGCACAAAUUGUGAACCAGAAAAUUUAAGAAACUCCAUUCAAAAGAUCCGUAAUUUAGAGUGAUACUUAAGAUUAACUGACAAUUCCAUAAUCAUGAGGUAAAUGGAUUCAACUGAGUAAUAUGCAACAACUUUGUGACUGACUGAAAAAGUCAAGUGUAUAAUAAGUACUUGCUCAUACAUAUUUAGUACAGUAAUAAUAAUAAUAAUACCUUAUGGUGCAUUUAAAAGUAUCUCUUUUAACAGAGAUUGGGUGAAAGCUAGUACUAGUGCAUAAUACUGCAACAAAUUUAUUUUAAGAUCAAGGUUGAAUAAGUCCUUUCGCUACCAUACUAUCGUGCAGUAUUUUAAUUUGUGUUACAUACAGUACAGUGAGCAAAUAGAGAUAUCAGUGAUAAUUUGUGUUGAAAUGUAAAAGGCAACAGAGUAUGUACAGUAAUUAUAGUGGACCUAUAAUAAGAGCUGACUGCAAGCAGAUAUGCUUGACAAGGCAAGGCUGACAUUUAUGUACAGUAUGUGGUUAAUUUAUACGGUAUAGCAGAGGUUGGGUGUGGUAAGGAACUAAUAUCAGAGGGAAAGAUGGCCAUAUUUGAUGGAAUUAUGAAACUAGAAGCAGUGAAAGAUGAAAGUGCUGUUUUGUGAAGUUUCAAUAUGAAGAAUGAAAGUACUGCUUCUUUUGUGAAGCUUCUGUAUAAAAUGUCAUUAGCCAGUCAUCAUGCAGUAGAAACAGGAACAUUUGUUGGAGUAAAAAGUUAAUUUUUUCAAUAGCUGGAAAACCAACCAAGAUGUCAUGAAAAUAAAUAAUUAACCCUUUCAGGGUUUCGGCCGUACUAGUACGGCUUACGCACAAGGGUUUCUGACGUACAAGUAUGCCUAAAUUCUAGCGCCCUCAAAUCCAGUGAGAGAAACCUGGUAGGCCUACAUAUGAAAAAAUGGGUCUGUGUGGUCAGUGUGCGCAGUAUAUAAAAAAUCCUGCAGCACACAGUGCGUAAUAAGAAAAAAAAAACUGACCGUGUUUUUGGAUUAAAACAAACUUUGCACUGUAUUUUCGUAUGGUAUUUUUUGUUGUAUUCUAGUUUUCCUGGUCUCAUUCUAUAGAAUGGAAGACAUAUUAUAGAAAUUGAGAUGAUUUUGACUGAUUUUACAAUGAAAAGUACCUUGAAAUUGAGCUCAAAGUAGCAGAAAUGUUUGAUUUUUACCAAAGUUCAAAAGUAAACAAAUCAUGCUAAGCGUCCAAUACACGUCAACUGGCGAGUCUAAUAUUCUUUCACAAGUGUGCCGAUAUUAUUUAUAUCAUUUUUUACACUAAUGCAGUAGUAUGCAUAACAGUAAAUCUAUUUUUUGUGAGAAUAAAAAUUCAAAGUGGAAAGCAAAAGAAUGUAAGAGGGGCAUUGGGACGUGACUAAUGAACAGAGGAAAUGUCAUUUUAGUGCCAGGAAUGUCGACUAGUACAGUGGAAUUGGCCGAAAAUAGGGCUCAAAGUGGGCAAAAUCGCCGCUGCGUAAACAUCAUCGAGACCGCUAACUUUGCGAGAGCAUAAUUCCGUAAGUUUUCCAUCAAAUUUCAUACUUUUGGUGUCAUUAUGAUUGGGAAAAGAUUCUCUAUCUUUUCAUAAGUUUUUUUUUUUUUUUUUUUUUUCUUAAAUUUGGGCGACCCUGAGAACAAGUCUCUAAGAGGGCCUGUCGACCCUGAAAGGGUUAUAAAAGAACACAGUAGUAGUAGUGGUUAACAGAAAAGAUGCAAAAGGCAAUAUCCCAUUCACCUGUAGAUGGGAUAUUGUAGGUGAAGGAAAUUUUAUAAUUCAGUUAAAAACAAGAGGCAAAGUCAAAUGGUAAAUGAAAGUUCCUGUAGUGUAUGUAAUGAUUGCUUACAGUGCAUAAUAUUCAAUUGUAUAGGCAGGUUUCUUUAUGAAGUUAUUUAUAGAUGUAAUGGCCCAGGUAUCAGUUUUGUCAUGGAAUUGGUAUGAGAAUAUAGAACAGUACGAAGGUAAAUUUAAGAAUGGUCUAGACUGGAUUAAAAGUAUUUUAUGAAGGUAAUAGCAAAAUUAUAUGCUGUGGGAAAGAAUAAGAAUGUCAUCAAAAUCUUGCUAAAUACAGUACUUAAAUAUUGGUGUUUA